UGAACCUUGUUUUUUCUAAAUAUCCCGCACAUUCGGCCGCAUCGUCUACUACUUCUAGAUGCCGAUGUAAAUGUAUGUGUUCCACCAGAGCAUUCAAUCUUUGCCUUCGCCAUAAGAUGACCUUCAUAGUAUGAUCGCUAGAUAUAUCAAAUAAGUAUUAUAUAUGCUGUAUCUACUUCUUCUUCCUGUUGACCAGCUCCUUGUGACGAAGUUGACUCGUGGUCGUGCAAUUUCAUCUUAACACGUUCUUCAUUCGGUUGCGUUUUCGAUUGAUGUUUACCUAAGUAUAAUAUGUAUAUGCGAUUCAUCUCUUUACCUGUCACGACACUGAUUCUGUUGAUAUCGACGCAGGACAACGACAAUCUAUCCUAUGAUUUUGUUCACCACGCCUCUACCUCUUAUUUCAGCCAGAACAUCCGGAACUAUCAUCAUCUCCUCAUUGACAUUUUUUGUGAUUUUUGCGUAGAACUCGAUCUCGAUAGUAACAAAACAAAGACGGAGGCAUCUGGCCAGAAAUUCUUCAACGAUAUUACUCUCUCCUGUCAUACUUGGUCGACCAACGGCUCAGACGUGACGUGAGUGGAGCACAUGCAAUGACACGAAGUCGCGCAAGUCUACGAACUACGUGCAGUUUUUUUGUAACUAGAAACUUUUUUAUCUUUCCUUAUUCAAGAACGUCCUCCGGCUGUGUAAAAUAUGGAAAUUAUUAUGUGAAGAGGGAGACGUUGUAGGAAUGCUAAAACGGCUACAGGUUUCUAUUUUCGAAUUCUUGUUUCUAUGUAUCGGGAUCCACAUACUACUAGAACUAGUAUAAUUCGUAAACAUACUAGUUAUAGUUCUAGUUGUAGAUGCCGAGUGCGUUUUACCUUGAUAACGUUCUUUACUCGUAAUAGAAUACCAUGUUGUGGACGAAUUGCAUUUUUUCAGAUAUAAUACUGAUUGCGUAUCAUGAUCUAAUUAUUUUUGCUUUAUUUUAUGUAUGAGAUUCGAGAUGCUCUAGAAGUACUUUCCCGAAAUUCGAGGAGCAAUUGUCGUCCAUUUUUUUUCGAUCGUCGUGAGAAAGUUCCUAACAAGAUUCAGUUUGUGUGGAGCAAUCCAAAUUCGUAAUAGUCCUAGUCGUCCUCGCGUCGAAGGCAAGUCGCCAUCGAAUAGUCGUUCGCUUACGCAAGAAGUAGAAGACCAAGAUGAAGAAAGCGCUUUCAUAACUUUACUAGUAGGAUGAUAUCGAACCUUGGUGUUUUUUGAGCCGAUAAAUAUCUCCAUUCACUAGUAAAAAAGAUCUUGUUCAUCUUGUUCCUCCUCGAUCAAUUUAUAAACUACGACUGACAUUAUUAUACAUAGCAGACUUACAGUUAAUACAACUCCUCCAGCUCGUUGGAUAUUAGUGUUAGUGAAGCUGGAUCUUUGUGCUCUGGAUAGUAAGAUCCGUAUGUCGGAUCUUCAUCACCACAUUUGUGAUUGUUUGUAGCAGAGAAAGUCGGAGUUCUUGCCUAUGGGUUUCCGGAACGCGUGCACAAGCACAGAAUCCGCUGGCGAGGCGUUGUAGGAAGGAGAAAGGCUGAAGGUCUUCGUGGUCGAAUUGGUCAUUACAAUUUGUUCUUCUUUACCGGCCCUGCUAUACUACAAAAAUGUCGGCAUUGAAGAGCGGUCGGAAAAACUGGGCUGACAUGCACAGCGAUGACUCCGAUGAAGACGAUGCGUGGUUGUACUUAUUCAAUUUUGAUUUUACCUUUAUUUUAUUUUAAGUCUCGGUCAUUUUUAUUUUGAUCAAUUUUUUCUGAGACGAGUACUUACCCUUCCCAUAGUAGUCCGGUUGUUCAUUCCGUUUCAUGUUAAGGCUUGCUUUCUCCUGACUAAUCAACUAGGCAUAGGCGCUAUCAUACAGCUGGAAGCUGUAUGAUCACAGAAUAGCACACUGUGAUCAUUCUAGAGUAUAGUGACUAGAUCUUCUCUCGUACUUACCGGCUCUUCUGCCCUCACGCUUACCAGUUAUUUUCAGUCUUCAAGCAGUACGUCCACCUCCACGUCGAUAUCGAUUAUAGUAUGAUUCGAGAUUAACAUGAAAGUCCUCCUCAAGUACCUUUUUCGUCCACACAUCAUUCUUCUUCAUGAAGAUGAAGAUGAUUAAUAAAAAAUGAUUAGACAUGAUCAACAUUCAAUAUCAAUUCGCCCAACGAAAACCUCCACAUCAGCCCGAAGCGACUAAAUGCCGAUCAGAGUGAAUCAGCUAAAAAAGCGGUUGGAGGGUCUAAUAUCUCGACGAAAGGGACUACAGGAGGACCAGUCGUCGGGCUUUCGAAGCUGAGUAGCCAGCCGAUCCGCGAUCACGGAGACUCAUUCAGUUAUAAGGUGCGGGACCCAGACGCGGAUCUAGAUCUCGCGUCGACCUUCGCAAACACCUUCGGUGAUGUGGAAGAAAGAUGGCGAAAGAACGAAAAACUAGAACAAAAGCCUCUCAUGGGAGGUGAUCUUGGAACCGGGACAUCGAGCUCAUCUUCGAGUAGCAAAUCAUCGACGCGGGGAGGCCACCGAGACCAAGACAUUGACGAUCUAGCAAACGCGAAUGACAACAACAUGCACAUAGUGGAUGAGAACAGUAAAAAAGCAGCAGGAUCUACUUCGCAUCAACGAGCAGGAGGUCUUGUUGAUGUUGACGUUGUUAAUAACCAGCAAGGUGCAGGAGCUGGAGCAAACGCCGCUGGAGGAGCAGGUACGACUUGCAGCUACGAAGGAGCGCGAGAGCGAGCUGGUUCAGGUGCGACAGUUUCAACUGGUCGCGGCACUAGCGGGAGCGGCAGUGAGAAUCCAGAAGGGACAGACGCAUCUGCUACUUCUGAAAUUUUCGGGCUAGACGAUCAGUCAGAACAUGGCAGCGCCGCCCUCGCUUCCAUGGAUGGCACAAAUAUAGCACGAGCUACAAGCAGGAGGGGAGGUGGAGCGGAGACGACCACGGCUAAGGGAAGUAGUGGAGUAUCUAAAAAUCGCUCAGGGAACGGUUCUUCGGUAGUGCCAAGAGGUAACGGCGGUCGCGACAUCCGCGUUGCUGACGUCUCAGCGCCAUCCGCGGUUCACAAAGGUAAAGGGAAAGACGGCAAGAAAGGCGGCAACAAGGGAGGAGGAGGUAAGUCAACGAGAACAUCUUCUGAACAUGAAGGUGGAGAGGAAAGCAGAAUAGCAGCUGCAUCGAAAAACGUCGUCGACGCGCCUGGUCCUGCGGUCUUCAAAAAGAGGGUACCAGGUGCCUCCGCAGCACCUAGUAAUUGGUCAGGAUGGGGUGCACAACCCACUGGUGAGGAUGAUGAUGAGGAGGAGGAUAACGCGCAAAAUGAAAGCGGAGCAGCUGGGACAACUGCAGAGAUGUUCCCAGACCUAGCAACUGGAACGUCAGCAGCGUCCACAGAGGCAUCAAAACCAAAGCUCCGAGGCGGGUUUGGUGGCUCGUCCGGAGCAACGAAGUUCCAGCUUGGGAACGGCAGCAGCUAUAGGAAAGGAAGCUCCUCAAAAGAAAAAGAUAAUGGCACGAAGAGUCCUGGUCCUCCAGCUUCAGCUGCAGGUAUUUCUUUUUAGGUUUCUAUUCAACAGCGCUGACAAAUCCUAUUUUUUCUAACUAUAUCCUGCGGCAGUACAAAUUGGUACUCUGAACAACGACGAGGGGAAAAACUAAGUACGUGAAUCAGUUAAUUUUUGUAGGAAUGCAUUCGCACUUGUUGUUUUUAUAACUCUUCCGAUCCGCGUACUUCAUUUGGCUUGUUUUGAGAUCUUCAAAUAUUUAAUGUUCUCUGCAAAUGAAGAAACCUUCCGACAAGAUUGCACUCUUGCCAGCAACUCCCCUCAAUCUCAUCUACUCAACAUAAGGUAACGCAGCGGUAGCUGACGCUGAACAAGACAAGGGUCGAAUAGCAGAUGUGUCGCAACCGCAGCGAGCAGCUGCGUCAGGCAAGAGCAAAGGUAAAGGAAAACCCGAAGCCAAGCUUGAAAAGAAGUCAUGGGCAGAUAUGUCUGAUGACGACAUCGACGACGGCAUGGAACCACGUACUUUCUCUAUCAUAGAUUGAUUCUCGUCGAAGGUGUACCUCUAUCUGGAUUGAGGCAAGAAUGAUUUUAGUAGUAAUACCACACCAGUAGUUGCUGUUGCUGCGUCGAGAACAACACACAGUAAGAACUACAACAUCGUGAUGUUUAUCUUCUUUGAUUAUAGCAUCAUUGUGAUCACUGUCACUGGCAGCUACAUACCACACUGACACUCCGUCCUCAGAUUCCCCGAUUCGAAACAAACUGAUAGAAGAGCGCGCUGCGCCAACGAAUUGGGCAGCGGCGAUGACCAAGACACUAACCGAAGAAGACCGAAAGAAGUCUGAGGCCUUACAGAAGGCAGCAAGCAACAAAAAUAUACAUGAUUGGAACACGAAUGCAGCAGAGUUUGUGCCAGGUACUUUCAGAUUAAAAAAAAAGACAGAGUUUUUGUUCAUCUACGUAGUAGUUUUUUGAAGAAGGCUACUUUUUCACAAGGUACAGGUGGUACUGGUAUCAUCUUUCUUGAUCGAAUUCCUAAUUCAGUGAAAAUUAGUUCAGUUUCAUCAAAUUCAUGCUAAUAUGAAAUCUAUAGGCGCGUCUUUUGCAGGAACUGGAGUUAGUGCCCCCGAAUUCUACGACAGCGCAUUCACCAAUGGUUUUACCCCGCAAGGACUGCCGACGUCGCAUAAGAGACAAAGGGGUGAUCUUACACCUGCGUCGAGUGUUCGUGGAUACUACGACAAGAUGCCGCGUAUGGGUGCUAUACCGGGAGGAGGUCCAGGUGGUCCUUGCUCGGGGGGCGUGACCCCGAUGUCCACUGCGUCCACCGCAGAGAUGAUCGUAGCUCCCUAUGUUGUGGGAUGGAUGCCGACAGCAGUAGCAUUCGCAGAAGCGAAGAAAGCCGCCAUGACGAAGACUGUUAGCACUGGUUCCUCCUCCGCGCGAGGUGCGGUGUUGUUCCCAGAAGCAUCCAGACCGAUGGAGGCGCCAGUAGCUGGAGGCCUCAACAAAAUGGAAUUAAACACGGAAGCGCUGGUGGAUGGUAUCUAUCUAUCGAUUUUGGACGAUCCUUUUCACAUGUUCUGGCAAGGUAGAUUAUGGCACAUAAUUUUUUUUUCUUCUUAGUUAUCUUGAACAUCUUCCAGUAAGAACUAGGAGCAUGAUGAUGACCUCGUCAAGCAUAAAAAAUAGAUAUGUUGCAUAGUUGUAUAUUAUUGCGUGUUAAAUUUAAAUUACAAAAACUGCAUCUCAAAAUUGUAGGUACUAUGACCGAUGCGGAAAGGCAAGCUGCGAGUAAACAGAAGAAGAUAGACCGGGUAAAGAGCCACGUUGCAUACGCAAGGUAUUUGAAGGCAGUGCCGAAGGACACUCGUGCAGACGAGCCCUCGACACCAUCAGCCACUGAUGCCUCGCAAUCGAAUCGUACUAUCAAUUUCUAUUUAAUUCCUGCUCAUAUAAUUUGUAUUUGUAGUUGUAUUUGAUGUCGUCGUCCUCGUCGUGCUCGUGCACAUCAAUUACUAGAUAGACGGUUCUUUCCCAUCAUGAUCAAGCAUGGUCAGGAUUGAUGUACUACUUGAGUGUCCAACAGUAUCAAUCAAGGAUUAGCGACGCUUUUACUUACGAUGCGAGACAUCUCCGUCCUCUACUAUGGUGCAGGAGACUCAAAACUGCACAAAACGUCAUACAAUUAACUAGGUGCCUUCCGAUACGAGUUAGAAGCGUUUCGCAGCUGGCUGAUCGAAAAGUACGGUCACGAAGACGAAGAUGACCACCAAGCGGAACAGAAAUAGGGAUUCACUGCUGUUGCGCAUUGGUCGUACCACAUAAAAUCAAGUGUGGAGAUCAUUAUGAUCAUGUUGGCAGCUGCUCUGCCGGUGCCACAUCCUCGGCGCAUCAAUUUCUCUACCCACGACUACCCACGACCUCAACCAAGCAGAAGAAGAAAAUACCACGACCACCGCGCUCUCAUAAAUAUGUGUGGUUGUUGUUUUCCUACACCGCAAUGAACAUUUUUGUAUGUAAAAGUACUGUAGCCGUACUCCUCUCACCGAAAACUAGAAAUAUUGUAUUGCUGAUAAGGCCUUAAUAUUGUGAUUUUUCUCAGUCUUCUUUGCGCCGCUAAUGGAUAAUUUUACUUUUAGGGAAAACUCGCUGCUGUCGUUAUGUAUAGACUGCGUGACCUGCUUAUGCUAGUACGCUCAGACUUGAUGGUGUUGGAUGAGUAUUAGAUCAAACUGCAGAGUCAAGAAGAAAGAGAACUAUUAUUUGACGAAAAUUUUCGAUUUCGUAACUGUCAUUCUCUUCAUAGUCAAUCUCGUCAGAAGAAGCUAGUCGUAUAUAUUUAAGUUCUUAAAAAAAGGGAACGUCCUGUGUAGUUACUGAGUCGUAGGUAUAAUUGAUAGACACUCACAACUGUCAAAUUUCAACAUCCUGUUAUGAAGAUGAUUUCAAUUUCAACGUAGUGAAUAAACGUAAAAUCUGAAUUUACCACUUAUUGUUUUAGUCGUACUUGAACUUGUACUUGUUGUCGUUCAAGACCUGUUUCCUCAUACGGGGGCAUGCUCUGGUACGUACACCUAGUCGCUAAUGCACGCAGAAAAUUCUCUAGCUUGAAAAAUAUGAAUCGUAGUUCAACGUCAACCAGCGCAUCUUCGUAAAUUGUCAGAACUUCCCGCCCCAAGGCGAAGAAGUCACGUGGUCACACAUGUUAGCUAUAUUGAAAUUUCACUCCUCUUGUUCAGAACUUCAUCCCUAACCUUGUAAUCAUAUGAGCUGUAACUAUGAUCCCUCGAAUGAUUAAGUAUCAUCGUCAAGCACCUAAACGAGCAGCACAAAAAGUACUGCGCCGGUGGGGACAACACAUCGCUGUGUUGGGCUCGUCGUCUUUGUUGGUUCAUCCGUGACCCCUCCCGUCACGGGAGCAAGGUCGUGAAAAGAAAUUCUUAUUGAUUCACUAUGCAGAGCUUCGACGUAUUUACUACAAUACUCAAAAUUUCCAGAAUUCAAGUUCAACAAUCAACUACAGAUACUACAUCAACAUUGCUAUACUACAUCAACAUUGCUGCAGCUGCUAGAAGCUGAAUUAGUUCCGGCGAAAGUCGAAAAAGUAUUAAAGCUGCAUCGAUUGAACAAAAGCGAACUUGGAAAAAUGUCAGUUUUCAGAUGAUCCAACUUGCCGUUAAUUAUAUCAUUCGCUUUCUACAAUUUUCGAUCGACGAGAGUUCUUCUAUCCACGACGUAUUUUUACUAGUGACACUAACUAUGUUUGAGUAUGAUGGAGACUAAUAGUAAUAUCCAGCGUUGUUGUAUAGUGAGAGCCCGAGGAGCAAGAUCUGGGAAGUCAGCAGCAGCGGAACAUGGUGGCGGCACGUGCCUUAAUUGUGAGAAGCUGACCAGGACCGUUGAAGCAAAACUAAAAUAUCAAAAUUGUAAGCUGUAAGCACGUGUUGAAAUUUUUCAAUUUUGUUUCAAAUUGAAUCCGAGGAUAUCGAUAAACUGAUGUGUCGCGAGGAUGUUGCACAGUCAUUGUAGGAGUUCUUAUCUAUUUUGUUUAUCGAUGGGGAUGGUAAUGGUAUAGCUCUAGUUCUAGUGGUAGUUGUAUGCGUAGAAGGGAGUCGCAAUAGAAAUAGAGAAUUAAGACAAAUAUAUAAAAAUGCCCGAACAAGACGAUGAGUGUCAGGCCCCCCCCAUCGGCGUCAACGUCAUCGAUAUCUCUGGUGUAUUUAUGGCCACAGCCGAUGAACUCCAACUCCCUGUCAUAGGCCUGAUCUUUAGUCCAAUUGUGCAUGUACAUUAUCUCACGUUUGUUGUUGGAGUGAUUUGUAUGUUGAAAUAAAUUUGAACUUGAUCAGAAAGUAGUAGAUGGUUCUUCUUGAUGGGAGCCCAAGCUCUUCUCGAGACGAGAAGUCGUUCCUUUGCGAACAAAGUGAACAGCUUUAUCUUAAUAGCAGUAGAAGGUUCUGAUGUUGUCGGGAUCAUUAAGAUGAUGUUGAAUAGAAACUGGGUCGAUAAAAUCAUCAUGAAGAACGCGCUGUUGUUGUAUCUAAUUAGCAGGUGUUGCUGUUGCCCGGACUGGUGCUCGCUCCGCCGAUGCAAGACCGAUCCCGCCCUGUUUGACCUUUUGAAUAGUCUGUGAUUUCUAAUCUCCCUUAUUUCUCGAAUGCAAUUGUAUGUUGUAUGUGCCCAUUGAUGUAAGUCAAUGAAUAUUAGCUAUUGUUCGUAUUCCUUAAUAGGUAAAGCCCACCCCUCUCUCUUUCUCUGGAGCUGGACGAAUGGCCUUCAUCAAUGUUGGAACAGCGCUCUCUAUUCGCGCAAUCCUUCUCCUCGGAUUAAAGAGGUGGAUGUAAUAUUGGGGAAACAUUUAUAAAGCAUCACAAACUCAAUGCGCAACAGGAAUACAUAGGACUCUGCUUGUUCGUCAUAUGUCUCUCUGAAGAGAGCAUGACGACGACUAGGAGACUUAGAGUUCCAAGUGAGACAUUGUUAUCUUGGGACUUAAAAAUGAUGUGUUCUUCGCUGUGGAGGAUCAUGUGCUGGAGGAGUACAAAUGAUGGUAAAGAUCAUGUUUAUGUUUCCGUUCGAU